AAUUCAACCUUAACCAGCCCUGAUUGACUCAGCAGCAAACUGGCAUGUACAAACAUUCCCUGUGACACCGGAGGCAUGGAGAAAGAAAAGAGGAACGACAUCUCCUUAUCCAGGAAGGAGAGUUUCACUUUUGGGGCAUAUGGAGGUAUGGACAGUUUCACGUGUGGGGAUGAGACGAGGCUUGAAUCUGCAGAGGACAACAUACUGGACAUCCUGGACUCUCCCGCUAAUGAGAGCAAACCUCUCCUUUCAGCCAACGCCAACCAGAGGGACACAGAGCUGUUUGAAAUCAUUGAGAAGCUGCAGGGCAGCAGGAUCGAUGAGCAGCGGUGUGAAUUCCCUCUCCCUCUGAAGUCUCGGCUGUUAACAAUAGGUGGAGAGCUGCCGCUUAUCCUGCCAUCGAAAGCAGGGGGCUACUGGAUAGAUCCUCCACUGGAGAGGACUGCAGAUGCGAGUCCCACCUCUUCCCACUUGGGCUUCGGUCCAGAGAGCUAUGACAUCAUGGAAAGAGAUCGAGAGGCCAAAAUCUACCACGACUUCUUCCGCUUUCGGUAUCACCACUCGUUCACGGCGGUGGAUCCGUCUCUGGGGCCUCUGGUUCUCUCUGUGCGUUUGGAGGAGGAGGAGAAUAAGCUUCGAGUGAUAUUAAGAAUGAAGGAGUGUUCUCUGCAUGGAGUUUUCUCUGUGUCUCUUUUCACCAACAUCCCGUCCGCUGUUGAAUUAGCAAAGAUGCUUUGUGACAGAGUGACUGUCUCCAAGUUUGAAGUGGUCAGCUACCUCAAGGCUCCUGAACUUAUAACUGCAUUUGAUGAGCACCGAGUGUCUCCUAACUUCAAGUUCGGCGUCUUAUAUCAAAAAGAGGGGCAGCUCACUGAGGAGGAGAUCCUCAGCAACGACCACGAAAGUGAGGGGUUUAAAGAGUUCCUGUCGCUCCUGGGGGAGACGGUUCCGCUGCAAGGAUUCACCGGGUUCAGAGGAGGCCUGGAUGUGUGUCACGGUCAGACGGGAAGCGAAGCCGUCUUCACUUCCUUUCACGACAGACACAUCAUGUUCCAUGUUGCAACUAAACUUCCUUACACCGAGGGCGACCCGCAGCAGUUACAGCGCAAGAGGCACAUCGGUAAUGACAUCGUAGCGGUGGUCUACCAGGAGGGACAAACUCCCUUUCUAUCAGACGUCAUCAAGUCCCACUUCUUGCACUGCUUCCUGGUGGUCCGGAGGAUCCAGAGGGGGGAGGAGACCCAUGAAACCUCCUACCAGGUGUCUGCUACAGCCAGAGAGGAUGUCCCUCCUUUUGGUCCAAUCCUCCCAGAUCCUCCAGUUUUUAAAGAACGUUCACUGUUGCGAGAGUUUCUUCUAACCAAACUCAUCAAUGCGGAGAUCUCCUGCUAUAAGGCAGAGAGGUUCAGCAAACUAGAGCUGCGCACACGUUCGUCGCUGCUGGAGAGCCUGCAGGCUGAGCUUUCCACCCGUUCUCAGUGCAUGCUGGUGGAUCCGUCUCUGUCUGCUCUCCCAUCGUCCGAGGGUGCUCGGGGGGCAUCUGAGGGGAGCGGAGGGUUCAUCGAAAACUUCAAGAGGGCCAUCAGAGUGCGGAGCCACUCGUUUGAGACGCUCGGAGUUCCCAGGAAGACUGGUGGCAGUGGAUCACAGAAGCCAAAGACAGAAAGAGAUGGAGAGAGUGACAAAUCACCAAGUGAGAGUUUGGUGCCAGCUGAAGUCAAAGAUCAAACAAGUCCUCAGGAGGAGAUGUAAUCCAUUGUAGAUAGUAGAGUUUCAUACACAUAUUUAAAUUGCUAGUCUAUAUUGUCUCUAUUAUCCUUGUGUAUGAUGUACAUGUAAAUAGAGCACAAGUAUAUAGUAUAUAAUGCUAUUUAAACUGUAUCUUAGAAGAAUAGAAAUGAUAAAAAAAGGUUCAUAUAUGAUUUAAAGUUUCAUAAAUGGUAAAAUCACUCAAAUUAUUUAUGAUGUCAUUCAAAUAUGUUAAGAGACCUCCUAUAUAAAGUACUAAAACGUUG